AUGCCUUCAACCAAAGGGAAGGAGAAGGUGGUUACUAUUGAUGGCCCAGCAGGAGAGGAACUAGACAUUCACCCGCAUCCUGACGCGGCUUCCGGCUCAAAUUUUGGCUCGGACUCGGACUCGGACUCAGCAUCGGACUCCAAUAGCGAGUCAGAUUCUUCCUCCAGUGAGUCAGACUCGGAAAGUGACCUAGAUGAAGAGACCACAAAAAAAUUCCUUGCUACUCUCCUCGAAAGAGCGAGGAAGAAUGCUGCAGCGCGAUUACUGUCCCGCGAUGCGCCUAAACAUUUAGCUGCGGACGAUGAGGAAGAUGUAAUAGUUCUCGAUUCGGAUGAGCCUCAAAAAGACAAGCCUCUGCCCCCUCUAGACCCCGGAACACUUCCCUCGCCAUACAUCGAGCUCGGCUCCUCACGCAAAUCUGGCCCUUCUGCUGUUAGAGACAUUGAUACUGAGCUUGUACAACAGGCAAAUCCCUCCCUCGAUACCCCUGCUCCACCCUCGGUUCCUCCUGAACUCACAAAUACGGGCAAGCGGCUUACGAAAAAGGAGAGGAAAGCGCUCAAGAACACAACAGCUGGGCCUGAUUGGUUUGACCUUCCGGCUCCUGCAGAAGCGGAGCUUCCACGAUUGUACCGCGAGGUGGAAGCACUUCGAUUGCGCAAUCAAUUAGAUCCCAAGAGGUUCUACAGGAAAGAUGAAGGAGAGGGAAAGGGUAUCAAAGGACUCCCGAAGCAUUUUGCGAUUGGUACGAUUGUGCCUACAAGCACGCCGUUUGGCACAGAUAGUGGAGACAAUCUCAGUCGAUCGAGCCGAAAGCGUACCCUUGUUGAUGAACUCGUGGACGAUGCGGAGGCGAAAAGCUACGCGAAGAAGAAGUUCAAAGAUUUACAAUCGGUGCGGGGAGCGAGAGGAAGAGGGACGCUUGCACAAAGGAAGGCAGCACGCAGACUGAAAUGGUAG